CGCGUGGAUGCGUUCGCGACGCGCCAGUCCCGAUCCCUUUCACCCCAACCUUGUCAAUUUCAUACAGUUUCAGAUCGAUACCCUUAACUCAAUUCAAAUCAGAUCUAUCGACCUUUCCGUGCCUUCCAGCCACUUAGCACUCUUGCUGACGAUGCUAUUGCUCCACUAUCUCGAUCGUACCUGCAGAUCAGGACGACAUCUAUGAUGUAGAUGCAUGGGCCAGAUGAAGUCCCCUAGAGUGUGGCAUGGCAUUUACUUUGCGAUUUGGUCGGCGAUCUGCAAUAGCGAUGAUGUCGGCGCAUGGGUAGAAUUGUAGGCGUGGGCUGUUGCAUGGAAGGUAUAGAUGUAGUCUCCCGACGUUCGCAUUAUAGACCAUCUCUACCCAUUCUUGCGAUACGUCUGUUACUUACAAUCUCAUUUACUUGAAGCAAUGGCUCAAACCACUACUGCCAACAAAGCCUACACUCUACACUUUUCCUACGACGAGGACGAUAGCUGCGCUUUAACUGCUCUCAUCAACGAUGUCCGCUUCCACGUCACUGUUGAUCCCAAAACGCUCCAGAAAUCCAGUGAGAAGCCUCUCUACUACAAGUAUCUCGAAUUGGUCUCUGCACUCCGCGAAGCCGAGGAGCGCGAGGAGGAGCUAGCUGAAGAGCGAGAAGCGAAAGUCCAUCACAAGAAGAAUAACAAGAGUAAAGACCGAGAAGGCUCCGAGGGAAAGGACAGCGGGGUGGACGUCUCGGCCGACGACGAGUAUGUACCAGAUGAUGGUGAAUACACACCAGAAAACAUCGAAGAAGCAGGAGAAGACGCCGACCAAGACUCCGCCAGUGCAGGCGUCGAACUGCGAAACUGGAUCCUCGCCUCCUUCUCCGACAUCACGCAAACCUCCGCGCCACCGAACCGCGAGCCAGAAGAAUCAACACUCUACGAAUGGUACCACGGCCCAACCUACUUCUACACCUUGAAGAUCGCAAAGGGAGAGCUCUCCCCAACACUCCUAGAAACAACAACCGAUCUAGAAGCCAAAAUCGAAGACCUCGUACCCCGCAUGAAGGUCCCAAAAUAUAUGCAAGACUACAAACUUCCCUGGCACAAUGCAAACGACCUAACCGUCCAAUCCGAAGUUAGCAUGCCUCCACCCGCCCAUCCAGGUCAAGUUCUGCACAACGAGAGUAGCGAAACAUAUUUUUUCAAGCCCGUGGUAUCCGACCAACCCGACUCUGUGAAGCGCGAAAUACAGAUCCUGCGGAAAAUGGAGAAAUUGAAUCUCGACAUCAAGUUUCCCCGCCUGCGCGGCUUCGUCGCUCUGGGCAACAGCAAGACAGAGGUCAUGGGCCUCUUGCUAGAGAACAUCGAGACACCGACGCCAUUGACAAAGCUGCUCAAGUCUUCAGUAGAUGAGGAGAAGCGGCGCGUUUGGAGCAAGAAGAGCGCAGAGUACAUAUCCCUACUUCACGACAACGACAUUAUAUGGGGUGAUGCGAAAGCGGAUAACUUCAUGGUGGAUGCUCACGACGAGCUUUGGAUCAUUGAUUUUGGAGGCAGUUAUACGGAGGGGUGGAUAGAUCCGGAGAUCAGUGAGACGCUCGAGGGUGACGAUAUGGGACUGGAAAAGAUUCAGCUUGCGCUCGAGGAUCCAGAUAAGAAUACAGUUGAUCUGGGGCUGAUCGAUGAGGAAGAAGAUGAGGUGGAGGCGGAAGUGAGCGAGCAGAUUAGCAGUGUGAAGGAGACGGCCAGUACGCUGUUUGUUACUGAGAAGUCGGCCGGCGAGGAGGUUACGCGGACUGAGAAAAGGAAAAGGGCGAUCGAUGAGGUUGAAGGUGGGGAUAGUGUGGACGCGACAAAAUCUGCUGACGAAGGGGAAGAAGAAGAACCCGUGGAAAAAAAGAGGAAGACCGUACAGGAAGACGAAGAAUAGAGAUACCCCUACAUAGUAUUUGCGCAUUAAUAUCAUCACCUUGAACACG